AUGGGACCCUCAUAUUGUUUUGAAUUACCUCUCAUCCCUUGGUACAGGGGACAAAUUGACAUUGAAACUACUGUCAAUGAAACUGCUUAUGUUAACUGCAUUGGUCUCAGCUCAAAGAGGACAAAGUCUCCACAUGUUGGAUAUCGGUUUAUGAAGGAAGGCGAGACACAGUUUCACUUUCUACUCCCAGAACACAUCAAACAAAGCAGACCUAGAUAUAAACUACCAUCAGUUAUGCUUAAAGCCUACCCCACGGAUAAGACAUUGUGUGUUGUUAGCCAUAUGAAGGAAUACCUAAGGAGGACUAAGCCUCUAAGAGGAGACAGCACAAAGCUUUUCAUAAGCUUUAUGAAACCCCACAAGCAUAUCUCACGAGAAACUCUGUCCCGCUGGAUUAAAACUGUGAUGGAAGCAGCUGGAAAAGAAACUAGUAUUUUCCAUACCCACAGCACAAGGGCAGCUGCCACAUCAAAAGCAAAAGCAGCAUGUGUAACCAUUCAGGAAAUCCUGGACACUGCAGGCUAUAACAAGCCUACAUCUAAUGAACUUACGUUUACUAACUCACCUUUAAAAAGGGAUUAG